UUAGGAAAAUAUGAGGAAGCCAUUGAAUAUUGUAUAAAAGGUUUAGAAAUGAGUACUGCUAUAGGCGACAAGUCGGGAAUAGCGACUAACAAUGGGAAUUUGGGCAGUGCCUACCGUAAUUUAGGCGAGUAUGAGAAGUCCAUUGACUAUAUCAAAACAGGUUUGGAAAUGAGUACAGCUAUUGGUUAUAAAUCAGGAAUAGCAACUAACAAUACCUAUUUAGGCAUGACCUACCAUAGUUUAGGAGAAUAUGAAAAAGCCAUUGACUAUUUCAAAAAAGGUUUAGAAAUAAGUACUGUUAUUGGCGAUAAGUCAGUAGCAGCAAAUAACAAUGCCAAUUUAGGCAUAACCUACCAUAGUUUGGGAGAAUAUGCCAAGGCUAUUGACUAUGGCAAAAAAGGUUUAGAAACGAGUACUGCUAUUGGUGAUAAUUUAGAAAUAGCAAGAAACAGUGGAGUGUUAGGUAAAGCCUAUCUCAAUUUAGGAGAGUAUGAGAAAGCUAUUGACUAUUGCAAAAAGGGUUUAGAAAUGAGUACUGCUGUUGAUAAUAAGUCAGGAAUAGCAAAUAACAAUGAAAAUUUGGGUGAUGCCUACCUUAUAUUAGGAGAAUACGAGAAAGCUAUUGACUAUUUCAAAAAAAGUGUAGAGAUGAGUGCUGAUAUUGGCCAGACGUCUGCAGUUGCCUCUAACAAUAGCAAUUUAGGCAUUGCCUACCUAAAAAUUGGAGAUUUUGAAAAAGCCAUCGACUCUUUGAAAACUAGUUUAGAAAUGAGAACUGUUAUUGGUGAUAAGCUAGGAAUAGCAAAAACUUGUAAAGACUUGGCAAAUGCCUACCUUGGAUUACGAGACGAUGUGAAAACCAUUGAUUAUUGCGAAAAAUGCUUGGAAUUAAGUCGCUAUAUUUGUGAUAAGGAAGGAAUAGCAUCUUGGAAUGGCAAUUUGGGUGAUAUUUGCGUUAGUUUUGGAGAGUAUGAGAAAGCUAUUUAUUAUUACAAAAAAGGUUUAGAAAUGAGUACUGCUAUAGGGGAUAAGUCAGGCAUAGCAACAAGCAAUGUCAAAUUGGGCAUCGCCUACCGUUAUUUGAGAGAAUUCGCCAAAGCUAUUGAUUACCUCGAAAAAGGUUUGGAAAUAAGUACUAUUAUUGGCGAUAAAUCAGGGAUAGCAGAUGCGAAUGGCGGUUUGGGCAUUGCUCAUAUAUUCUUGGGAGAGUAUGAAAAAUCUAUUGAUUGUCAAAAAAAGUGUUUAGAAAUUAGUACCGCUAUUGAUAUGAGCGUUGUUUUUAGAUGUUUAGGACAAUAUGAAAAAUCUAUUCAUUAUUCCAAAAAAAGUUUAGAAAUGAGUACUGCCAUUGGCAAUAAGUCCGCAAUAGCAAAGAGCUAUUGUCAUUUGGGCAGUGCUUACCACAGCUUUGAAGAAUACGAGAAAGCUAUUGACUGUUUCAGAAAGGGAUUAGAAAUUAGUACUGGUAUGGGCGAUAAAUCUGCAAUAGCCACUCAGAAAUUAAAUUUGGGCAGUGCCUACCUUGGAUUAGGAGAAUAUGAGAAAGCCAUUGACUAUUACAAGAAAGCUUUAGAAAUAAGCAUUGAUAUUAAUGAUCCGUCACUCUUAGCAAUUAGUAAAAGCAAUUUGGGAUUUGUACUUGUAUUAUUAGGACAAUAUAAAGGUGCAAUAUCAUGUUUCAUGGAAUCUAUCAGCAUCCUUGACAAAAUGUUUUUAAACUCAGUACCAGACCAAAAUAAGUUGUCAUUCACUAAACAAUACUUUACCACCCAUGUAAAGAUCAUGAUUUGUUUUAUUUCUGUGGGUCGCAUUGAAUCUGCAUUAUUAGUCAUUGACCUUGGAAGGGCUAAAGAACUUCAUUGCUCCAUUGAAAGAAAAAAUAAAUCUUUGAAUACAAAAAUGUUCGAUUAUGCAAGUUCGGGAUGGAAUAGAAUCAAGAAUGGUGAAGAACAGGUAGAAAUCGAAGAUUUACAAAGCAUCCUCCAGGUAAGCAGCAACGAUAGUUCCAUUAUAGUAUUCGCUUUUGAUUGGCCAGGUUUUCUAAAUGUUUGGGUGUUGAAUAAAGAAGUAAUCUUUAGAUAUAGAGUGUCAAAAUCAGAGGCACGAUUGGAAAAAUUUGUGCAACUGAUAAGUGAAUUGUUCAGAAUGGUGAAUGUGAAUGUUAAUCGGGAUUCCUCGUUUUUCGAACUUAAUUCAGUGCCCAGUAUUGAUGAAAAAUCGAUUCUUCCUUUGGACGUUUUUAAAGAAAAAUCUCCGUCCAAAAAUCUUUAUCAGAAACCUUCUGUUGGGCAUGAUGAUUUAAACCAAGACGGUAUUUUGAAAACAUUGUUUAAACUACUUAUUGACCCUGUAAGCGAUGUGAUUAAAGGCAAUAAACUUAUAGUUGUUGCUGACAAGCAAUUGUUUUUUGUCCCAUUUUCGUCAUUGAUUGAUGAAAAUGGUUGUCACUUAUCCCACAAUUACAGCAUUCAAGUUACGCCAUCAUUACACACUCUAAGGUUUAGCAUUGAACGCUCUCAAGAUCUGGGCCUUGGUUUUGCGUUGUUUGUUGGUAAUCCAACCGUUGGAACGGUUUCCUUAAAUGGAAAAGAAUUUUCACCCCCUGCCCUACCAAAUGCUGCUAGAGAAGUUGAAUGUCUUUCAAAGCUCUUCAAUGCUAGACCCUUAGUGGGGCGUGAAGCUAGAAAACAGGUUGUACUGGAUCUUUUAUCUGGGGCUAGCAUAAUCCAUAUCGCUGCUCACGGUGAACAACUUCGAGGUGAAAUAAUGCUUUCCCCUAACGUUUCUUCGACUCGGCCAUUUUCGACUCUUCCUUAUCCAGACGACUACCUUCUCUCACAGAAGGAUAUUGUAAAUACUUCUUUGCUAGCUAGCUUGGUAGUUUUAUGCUGUUGCCAUACCGGGCAAGGUGAGAUUUCUUCCGAAGGUGUCAUAGGUAUUGCUCGGGCAUUUAUUGCAGCCGGGGCUCGCACUGUUCUCGCCACACUAUGGCCCAUUAGUGAUGAUGCCACGAAAGAGUUUAUGGAAGUAUUUUAUGGUGAGUUGUGCCAGGGAACAUCGGUUUGUGAAGCACUAAGAAAGACAAAGAAUCUCUUCCAAAAACACCAAAUCCAGGCAUACCGGUCUUACAAAAUCUGGGCCCCAUUUACCAUCUACGGGGAGGACGUGGUUUUUCAGAAACAUGACAUCGAAAAUAUCAGAGAUAAAUCACGUGACAUGUUCUCUGGUUUUGUUGUAUUACCCUAA